CACUGACUAGACAGUGCUGCCAGCGACUCCGUAUUGUGCGCAAGAGAAUCCCAAACCUCUCGUGGAAAUUAUAAUGUCCGUGUGUUUAAACGCUUUUGGAACGAGAUUAAAAAGACUCACUACUGAAAUAGUGUAAGAUUGUGAUUCGUAAAAGAAUAGUGAAUUCCACUAGAAGGGAAUUUAUUGUGUUUUCGAGUGAUAAAAGCUUUUGCUGGGAAUUAUUAUUAUGUCUAACUCGAGUCAACGUUUUCCGAAUAAUUGCGCGAGGGACUUUGAAGGUCCUUCUUCUUCGAGGUCUUGAGGAAUCUCUCUCUCUCUCUCUCUCUCUCUCUCUCUCUCUCUCUCUCUCUCUCUCUCUCUCUCUGAAAAGGCUGUUCCGGCUGCUGCUUUGGAGUCGGCAACAGUUAGGAAACCCAGCGGAUUCGUUUAAAGUCACAGGAACAUCUCGACUAUUAGAAGCGGAUAUUGGCAGCGCACUUCUCGAACGAACAGCAAAAAUAGAAGAUUCAUUUCUCGUCUUGGCUCGAGGCUGUUCUGACUUCCCCCUGGUGGCGAGAUGCUGAAAGAAGAUGGUAGGGUGGUCUUCUCUCUGCUUUAUGAUGGAGGUGGCCAGGCACUUGUUCAUAGCCCUGCUCUACUUCACUUCCUGGCAGGAGAAAGCAGAAGGAGCUGGAGUUGGCACUGGAGGAACUGAAGGACACUUGUUACACGAGCUGACCAAGUCUGCAGCUGGAGGGGUUUUUCUUCCUCUUAUUCACAGGAAGUUGCACUCACCCAUCCCAAGAGUCAGAGUAUUGGGUGACAAUCAUGAAAGUGAGGUAGAAAGAAAUGGCAUUGUACCCAAGAGAAGAAGGAAACGAGAUAAACGUACUUAUAACCGACAUUCCUUUGGGAGUGAGGAACUACCACAGACUCCUGAGGAGGAUUUUGCAAAGACGAGGUAAUCCUACCAAGAUCCCUUCAAGGAUCAGUUUUGACUCGCCAUCAGCGUCAUGGCCACAAUAGGAUGCCCACGUGGCUGAGAGAGUAUAGCAGCAUCCUCGCUAACCAUAAUUCAGAGGAUAAUUUCCGUUUGAACGAAAUUGAGGAUAACAUUGCAGCAGUUUUCCGAGAAGUUGCCUAUGGCAAGAAACUGAACCAUGCUUAUACCAAGAGAUUUUCCAAUACUGGUCAUAGGUACGAAAGAACGACUGUUCUGAGUGACACACCAGAUUACAAUUAUGUAGCAGAUGAAAGUUUACCUGUUUUGUCAGGUCGCCGGAGUACGGCAUCGGAUGAUUCUGAUUUAGUUGAAGGCAGUGUUGCCGCCAAAUCGAGUUUAAAUAACGAAAUUUCUUCUUCUGCUUCCGUUGUUGAAAAUUUGGAAAGCAAAGAAGAGAAUGGGUCUAGUUUGAAGCUAAGUACUAUCGAUUCAAAGAACAAUACCCAGGACUCUUCAGAAAUCAAUAGCAGUGUGAAGAAGGAAGCACUGGAUUCAAUUCUUGAAAAAGUAACCCAUGACAAUGAGAUGGUAAGUUUGGUUGAGGGAGAAUAUGGUGAUUUAUUAAAUGUAUCAAAAAGAGUGCACUCUCUCAUAGCUAAUAUGUCACAGAAGAAUGUUAGUGAUAGCAAUAACAAUGUAACUGAUGGGGAGGCAGGUAAACCACCUGUUUCUUCAUUAUCUUGGUUUGAUUAUCUGUUAUGUACAAAUAGGAACAUUACUUGGAUGCUCAUACACUUUCUCUUAGGAGUACUUUUCAUUUCUGUCAGCAUAUUUGCACCUUAUAGACUACUUUCUCUCAGGUCAUGCACUCAAAUACUACCCCGAACACAUUUUGUGUGUGUUCACUUGCUCAUUUUUAUUGCUGUUUCCCUAAAAGCUCUCUACAUGUUUCACCUAGCGUUUGGUGGCAAAGAAAGACUUCCAUUGGUCCUUGUACUUAUACUCACUAAUACUAGCAUUCCUAGCUACAUUUCCACAUACCUGAUUCUCAUAAUCAUGACGUUUCUCACAGCUGAUGUAAAAGUGUACAAACCAAAGUUCUUAACGAUGCAUAAUAUUUCCAUAUUCAUAGUGAUGAUGGUUGUUCUGAGCUUUUUGGCAGAUAUCAUUGUUGGUUCUGCUCACAGCAAGAGUGUUUUGAUUCUGUCCAGGAUAAUGCUAAUCGGUAUUGCUUUGGCAGUGAUUGUAUUUUAUAUCUAUAAACUUCCAAGGGUUUUUCAGGUGAUUCAUAUAUUGAAAAGAGAGUUUCAGGAAGAGCUAAAGCUCUUGGUUGUUCCACCAAAAGAUUCUCCACAGCAAAAACAAGUUAAUAUUAGGUACAUUCUCAGGAAUCGGUUGCACAUUUGGUGUCGUGUCAUGAAUCUGACCACAUUUGCAGUAGGGUUUUGCUGUUUGCUUCAUUUUAUGCAUGCUAUUUUCCUUAUAAGUUCACAAGUACCUGCAUGGGUUUGGUGGUGUGUUCAUGUCUUUGGAGCAUUUUCAGAGGUUGCGCUGGGUAUACUCUUCUGCAUUGCUGCUGCUUUAACACAACGUUAUGAUGAAAAGAGCAGCUUUGUCUAUGAUCUCUUCAUUCCCUCCCAUCUCUCAGAUGAUAAGAAACAAAAUGGAUCAAGAGAAAGAAAUGGGAAUGCUGUUUACCAAAGAGUUUCUUAUUCAAGUGGGACUGAAAGUACCCAGUAUACAGCCUGUCCUAGUGAAAUCGUACCAGCAGGUGUUACUCCUGUCUCAAGAACUCCCAAACCUCCCAGGCGACGAACAGCAACUGUUAGAAGGUCAGCCACCUUCAGCUAUGCACCCCAAUAUCCCAGAGCACCUGGAAGGCCUUGCCAGCCUCCAGCACCGCAUUUGAAUUUUGUAAGGGGUGGGUCAGCCUCCCAGAUCCCUGUUUACAGUCCAGAUUCGCUCUCUCAUAUAUCUGAAAUAUACAGCCCUGCCUCAAUCUCACAUGUUCCAAUUUACAGCCCAGGAAACACCCGAUCCAUGCUGGUUCAUGAAGAUGGCUUUGUGAGAAUAAGAACACCGACUGAUUGCAGAGAUGGGUAUCAUCGCAGAAGUGGUUCACAUCUUGGAAUAUAUUAUGGUCAUGAAGCUGACAUAGGAUCAGAUCCACAAAUUCACUCCAAUCUGCAACAAUGGAAUGGCUAUGGUAGUCGAGAGAGUUUUUAUCAUUGUCUUCCAAGGAGGAGGAGAAGUUCUCGAAGUUCAAGUUUUCACCAACAUGGCCCUGUAGGAGUUGACAGAGAAUUCUUUCCUGUAUCACCAAGACGGGUUCCUUUGGACCAAGUAAACAUACAUGAAAACAUUGAUCCAAGAUUUUCUGAGCCAAACUAUCAGAGUUUUUCACGAAGAAGACAUAGGUCAAGGGAAUCAAGUUUGAAGGUACUGAAUAAUGCUGAUCACGAGAAAGAUGACCGCAAUUCAAGUCAGAGUAGGAGGUCCAGUGCACAAGGAAUGAAUUUACACCUGAAUAACCUGGAUAGGUCUGAGGAAAGUUAUCCUAACAUAGUGAGAAGAAAUCUGUCCCAUGAUGAUAACAAUGAACCUAUCUAUCACAAUGAGAGCAGUUACCAUAAGUAUCCAGUAGCCAAAAAUAUUUCACAGCACACUCCCAGAGUGUCUCCCUUAAAUGUCAGUGAUCAAAGUGCUGCAGUUCACGUGUCACCCCAUUCUGAAAGCCCACCUCACAGACAAAAGAUUUCCAAUAUAUCGACACCUCCUUACAAAAAUGUUCACUCUCCAAGUGGUGUCCAUUCACCAACUGCUGUUCAUUCACCCACUACAGGCAUUUCACCUGUCAUCUCCAGAAGGGAGGCUCACUACCCAAAACCUUUCUCGCACAGAGGGAGCAGCUCAAGUCUCAGAUCAGAGGACAUACCUUAUAUAGAACAUUACCAACGGACUAAUCCGGUCAGGAGGAACCACUCUUCAGCAGGCUACUUCCCAUCACGAUAUCUUCAGCCCAUAGAUCCUGCUCUGACAGAUGAGGCACAGAGGUAUGGGUCACUUCGCAUAGGUAUUGCUAAGAAGAAGAAGCAUGGCUAUGUCCUCCACACCAACACAAGUAAGCUUUUGAACAAGUAUUUGGACAAGUACCCCAGAUCAGCCAGUGAACAAGACGGCGAAGCAAGUGAGUACGGUGUUCCUAACAAAGUGCGUAAUGCGAGUGAGUCUCGGGAUGGGACAGCUGCAGCGGAAGGGGACAGCAGUGAAUGCGACAACUCGCAAAGUGCAGCAAACACUAGCAAAGGAAGCGACGCCGACUGGGCAAUAGAGCUCAUCACGAGCAGCUCCAUGUUGACGGACUUUUACUCACUGAAACGAAGCAAAAGGAAAACUGAAGAUAUAGAGGAAGAGGAGCCCUCUGCUACAUAGCAUAUCUGGAAUAUAUUUCAAAUGCAUGUUGUAGUGCAAAAUAUACUCUAUAGGUCGAUGUGUGUUUGUGUAUAUUUUUUAUGAUAUUUCUAAUGAUUUUCAGCAUAGUUACAGAAGUAAGGAGAUAUCUUUUGUAAAUUACCGUGUUGCUUUCGUGCUCUCUAAACACAAAACGGUGGCCUUAAUACUAGGUACAUAGUAUGUUUUUAUGUCUCAGUUUGGAGCGUGGUUCGAGUGCUGGGCAUUCAUACUGGAGCUGGUAACCUUAUUUAUGGACCAAGAUACAGGCUUUUACCAGACAGUCUUUUAUUUUUUAGUCAACAUCCCAUUUUUUGCGUGCGUCUAGGACGCGCGUUGAUGUGGACCAAAGGAGACAUCAUCCUGUGUAUAGUUGAUUUUUAUUAUAUUCCUAGUCAGUA